UGCUUUUCGCUGGCUCAUCUUCGUCAUCGUUGUUUAGCAAAGAAGUAUUAAAAAUUUUGUAAAAGUUUGCUUGUUCGUUACGUUUACAAAAAGUAUCAAACCGAAAACCAAUUGCCGGAUUCCACGCUAUGGAUCAAAAUAUGGAUAUAAACGCCUUCGAGGGUCGUAUUGUGAAGAUGGAAGUAGAUUACACUGCCAUUUGUGACGAGAAAAUACCGCUCUGCAAAGCGAUGGCUAAGAACGAGAACAAAUUUAAUGAGGCACUGGAGAUUUUACUGCAGCUGGAAAAACAGACUCGCAUCGCAAUGGAUGUUGGUUCCAGUUCGCGAGUUCUCAUAACCAUCGUACAGAUUUGCUUCGAGGCAAACAACUGGAACUACUUGAAUGAGUAUAUUACUAUCCUGGUAAAACGUCGAUCCCAGUCCAAGCAUGCAGUAGCAAAGAUGAUUCAGGAAUGUUGCACUUACGUAGAUAAAACCCCGGAUAAGGAAACGAAACUGAAGUUGAUUGAUACGCUGCGUACAGUAACCGAAGGAAAGAUCUAUGUGGAAGUGGAGCGUGCUCGGUUGACCAAAAUGCUGGCAGACAUCAAGGAAACGGACGGAGAUGUGACCGGAGCGGCUUCGAUUAUGGAAGAACUUCAGGUCGAAACAUACGGUUCUAUGGAUAAGCGGGAGAAAGUUGAGCUGAUCCUAGAGCAAAUGAGACUGUGUCUGGCGAAGCAGGACUUUGUUCGUACGCAAAUUAUAGCGAAGAAAAUAAGUAUCAAAUUCUUCAAUGACCCCGAACAGCAGGACUUGAAGUUGAAGUAUUAUGAUUUGAUGAUUCGUUUAGAUAAAGAUUCAUCCUUUAUUAAAACAUCUCAUCACUAUCUGGCCGUUGUGGAUUCUGAACUCAUUGCGAAGGAAACCGAACGGAGGCAGAAAAUGAUGAUUUAUGCUGUGUUGUACUGCAUUCUUUCGCCAUAUGACAAUGAACAGGUUGAUAUGAUGCAUAACCUGGCAAAAAAUAAAUUGCUCGAAGAACUUCCUGUUUAUAAAGAACUUCUUCGCUUGUUUAUGUGCAAAGAACUAAUCAAUUUCGACGCUUUAUGCACUGUGUAUGCUGCCGAGCUAAACACUUUCGACAUUUUUAAUCAGGAAACCACUCACGGUAAAAAGUGCUGGGCAGAACUGAAGAAUCGUUUGAUAGAACACAAUGUUCGCAUCAUUUCUAACUACUAUACCCGUAUUAAUCUCAAACGUAUGGCAGAACUGCUGGAUUUGAGUGAAAACGAAUGUGAAGAAUAUCUAUCCCGGAUGGUCAAUGCAGGAACAUUAAAAGUUAAGACGGAUCGACCAGCGGGGGUUAUCUAUUUUUCGACCAAGAAAGCCGCUUCGGAGAUUCUCAACGACUGGGCAUUCGGACUGAAUGAACUGAUGAAUCUGGUAAACAAAACGUGCCACCUGAUCAACAAGGAGGAAUGCAUUAACAACGUAAUGCCGGUACCGGGUAGUGCUAGUGUAGUACCGUCGUAGAUAGCUCUGUAUAAUGGGUUAGCAAAACAGUUGUACGACAAGCUCAAUGAGCAAAAUCAAUAACCUUACCGAUAUUUGUUGUUCGGAAACAUAGCGAUUAGAAGCAAGAAAAUUAAAUAAAUAAACAGUUUUAAGCUAUGCGGAAUGAUAAAUAACACAAAUUUAUCAAUUUCAG